UUGUGGUUGAAAACAAGUUCAUUAUCUUCCUUGACUGCGUAGCUAGUUUGCUAGCUAGCUACCUAAGCCGCCGCUUUCCAAACAGAUGAGUUCAGCAACUGCGCGCUUGGCUCACUUUUAUUAUUAUUAUUUUUUUUUUUUUGGGGGGGGGGGGGAUUCUGCGGUGUCAGCCAGUUUGCUGAAUAGUUUGUUCGGAACAACGGCCACCGUUUGUCUGACACUCCAGUUACUACAGAAGCGAACUACCCUUCACCCUCCACUUGGCGGACGUCGCUCCUCUUGAGUAGCCGACACGCGAGGACAAAAUGGUGGACGUUGCAAAAUGGCCUCUCUUCAGUCUGAUGACGCCCCAGGAGCUGGGGUGCAUAUGGAAAGUGUGCGUGUUCGGAGCGUCCGCCAACGAGGCCAUCUUCAUCACCAGCAACGAUGAGGUGUACGUGCUUGGACUCAACUGCAGCAACUGCCUAGGCACCGGAGACAACCAGAGCACCAUCGUGCCCAAGAAGCUGGAAUUCCUGAGCGGCCGAAAGGUGAUCAGCGUGAGCUACGGCAGCGGCCCGCACGUACUGCUGGCCACCGAGGAUGGCGAUCUGUUCGCCUGGGGCCACAAUGGCUACAGCCAGCUGGGAAAUGGGACCACCAACCAGGGGCUGGCGCCGGUGCUCGUGUCCACCAACCUGCUCAACAGGAAGGUGAUGGAAGUGGCCUGCGGCUCGCACCAUUCCAUGGCGCUCACCGAAUUUGGGGAGGUGUACGCGUGGGGUUACAACAACUGCGGCCAGGUGGGUUCCGGUUCCACGGCCACCCAGCCUCACCCGCGUCGCGUUUCCAGCUGCCUUCAGAACAAGACGGUGGUGGGCAUCGUCUGCGGACAGACCUCAUCCAUGGCGGUGGUGGACAACGGCGAGGUCUACGGUUGGGGCUACAACGGCAACGGGCAGCUGGGCCUGGGGAAUAACGGCAACCAGCUGACUCCAUGUCGACUCACCGGUUUGCAGGGUUUGUGUGUGCAACAGAUCGUGUGCGGUUACGCGCAUUCCUUGGCGCUGACGGACGAAGGGGCCCUCUACGCGUGGGGCGCCAACACGUACGGGCAACUGGGGACGGGUAACAAGAGCAACCAGCUGAGCCCCGUGCAGAUUAUGAGCGAGAAAGGAAGGAUCGUGGAGGUGGCCGCCUGCCACUCCACGCACACGUCGGCCGCCAAGGCGCAGAGUGGCCAGGUGUACAUGUGGGGGCAGUGCAAGGGGCAGGCGGUGCUGAUCCCCCACCUCACCCACUUCGCCUGCACCGACGACGUCUUCGCCUGCUUCGCCACGCCCUCGGUGAUGUGGCGGCUCCUGUCCGCGGAGUUUGACGACUUCAUGACGGUGGCCGAGUCUCUCAAGAAGGAGUUUGACAACCCGGAGACGGCCGACCUCAAGUUCUGCGUGGAAGGCAAAUACAUCUACGUGCACAAAGCGUUUCUCAAGAUCAGGUGCGAACACUUCCGCUCCAUGUUCCAGUCGCACUGGAACGAAGACAUGAAGGAGGUGAUCGAAAUCGACCAGUUCUCCUUCCCGGUGUAUCGGUCCUUCCUGGAGUUCCUCUACACCGACAACGUGGAGCUGCCGCCGGAGGACGCCAUCGGACUUUUGGACCUGGCCACGUCGUACUGCGAGAACCGUCUGAAGCGUCUGUGCCAGCACAUCAUCAAGAGCGGCAUCACGGUGGAGAACGCCUUCACGCUGCUGUCGGCCGCCGUGCGCUACGACGCCGAGGAUCUGGAGGAGUUCUGCUUCAAGUUCUGCGUCAACCACCUGACCCGGGUGACGCAGACGGACGCCUUCUGCCAGAUCGACGGCGGCCUGCUCAAGGACUUCAUCUAUCGAGCCAGCCGCUGCGGCGCCUUCAAGAACUGACCGGGGGCGACGAUGCGUUCAAGGACAGUCAGUCAUUCUCCCUUUUUCCCCACAUUUGAAAGACUUGCAUUGUUCAACGGACCAAGUUACUUUUAAGCACCUUUUCUACCUGGUUUUUGCACUCGUGGAAGGAUCCAAACGUCUUCACUCUUAGCACUUAUCUGGAGAGCCGUUAGCGCGUUCAUUCCAUAGCCUCGAAGUCUUUUAAAAAAAUCACAGGCAGCAGAGUUCCCCAUCUUGGCUGAUCUUUCACAGAAAGGCUAAAAAAUACACUUGAAAACGUUA